AUGGCCCGAUGGAGUGCAUAUCUGCGUCGAGUUCUGGAGCAACUGCGUUGUGGAAAGCCCAAGAAGUCAAACAAUUGUUGCUUAUAUAGAGUGGGCCAUUGCGCAGUUGGUACUGAUGAGAUAUUCGGGAUUUUCAGAAGUGAUCUGCCAUGGGUUAUGCUCAGUCUUGCACGCAGACACAAAAACGACGCCGCUCCAAGACCGAUCAGAGCGAAAGUCACCAGGAUUGUCAAGGAGAAGAUGCAAGGUCUGGCCGCCGGAGCCAUCAUCGCCGAAGCCGUCGUCGCCGAACCCAAGGCAGAAACCGAAACUACCACCUCCAAAGCCAAGGCAGAGACCGAAACUACCACCGCCAAAGCCAAGGCAGAGACCGAAGUCAUCAUCGCCAAAGCCAAGGUAGAGAGCGAAGUUGUCAUCGCCAAAGCCAAGGUAGAGAGCGAAGUUGUCAUCGCCAAAGCCAAGGUAGAGACCGAACUCAUCAUCACCAAAGCCAAGGCAGAAACCGAAACCAUCAUCACCAAAGCCAAGGCAGAAACCGAAACCAUCAUCACCAAAGCCAAGGCAGAAACCGAAAGUGCUUUCACAGAUGUUGCAAGCAAGAGACUUUUCGGUAUCCUCAAGGCGGCAAUGGGAACUCGUGUUCAAUGGAUGGUCAGUCCGAUGAAGAAAGGAACGUGGCUCAGAAACAAUGCAAGAACGAAGAUGUAG